AUGAAGAGCACAAUACUAGCAGUUCUCCUUCUCCACGCCUUGUCCUCACAACCAUUACUUGGAUCAGCUAAAGCUUCACCCGAUGAAGUCCUCGACACAUCGGGGAAGAAGCUCCGAGCUGAUGCCAACUACUUCAUAAUUCCGGCAAAGCCAUUUACCAUAUGUGGCUUUGUUAGUUGUUUCAAUACUAGUGGAGGUGUUGCCCUUGAAGCUACUGGUGAAUCAUGUCCUCUUGACGUAGUAGUUGUGAAACAUAACCCAGGUUUAUCUUUGAGGUUCACACCCGUUAACAACAAGAAAGGUGUUAUUCGUGUCUCCACUGAUCUCAACAUAAUGUUCUCCAAUGAAGCUUAUGAUUCUAGAUGUCCCCACGAUUACUUAGUAUGGAAGAUUGAUCCUUUUUCUAAAGAAGAAACAUUUGUGAUCACCGGUGGUGUAUUGGGCAACCCAGGUUCGCAAACAAUUGGAAACUGGUUCAAGAUUGAGAAGUACGAUGAUGCUUAUAAGUUGGUCUAUUGUCCCAAUGUAUGUCCUUCUUGCAAGCAUGUGUGCAAAGAUAUUGGGUAUUAUGUAUAUAAGACUAGGGGAAUGCGUUUGGCUCUCACUAAUGUUCCCUUCAAAGUUAAGUUUCAAAAAACUCAUAAUUAA